AUGUGAGCACACCGUGUGACGCAAGACUGCAUGUUAUUGGAUAAUGAAUGCAUAGAUACAUGUUGCAUGACUGGAUAUGUUUAGAACCGUCACACUUCAUCAAAUUUUUAAUGUGUAUGUCAAUAUUUAUAUGUGACGAGGGAAAAUAUAUAAAUCCGUAAAGUUUCAUGGACUAUAUUCAAAAUGUUCCGCUAAUUAGAACAAUAUAUGUGUGAGAUAUAACCUUAUUGAAAAUUGUAUUUAGUUUGAUAUGAUAAGAACACACAAAUCAAUGAUGCUGGUAUGUUUGCGUGAAAUCUAUUAGGAUGCGUAACGAGUGUACAUGUGUACCGAUAGUCUUUGAUCUAUUAGUUAUUCAAGAAGUUAUAAUGGAGGACUCGUACCAUAUUUCUCUGUAGAUAAAAGAUAGAUUUCAGAAAUGAUUUAAGAUUGGAUAGCGAAGUUUCUUCAAAUAUACAGCUAUGUCAAAGCCAGAUCGGGGCUGGGCAUGGGUGGUAGCCACAUCUUCGUUUUUUGCACAUUCUAUAAGUGGAUAUUUCCAGUGGGCUAGUGGUAUGGUUCAUAUAGUGCUGUUGGAAGCCUUCGAUGAUAGUUUGUUAAAAACGUCAUGGGUCAGUGCUUUGUUUUUGUCCUUGAUAUCAUUAGCAGGUCCAUUGACCGGUGUUUUAAUUUACCGAUUCAACUGUAGAAUAUCAAUGAUAGUAGGAUCUGUGAUGCUAACCAUUGGUCUCGUUACAACAGCAUUUGUUCCAAAUCUUAACUGGACAUUUUUGACAUUCGGACUUUUAUCAGGGACUGGUCUAGGAAUAUGCUAUAACUCUGGACUCAUUGUUCUCGGAUUCAACUUUGAACGAAAACGAAACCUAGCAUGUGGAUUUGCUAUAUCAGGAUCAGGUAUAGGUCCGUUUCUGCUGACUCCUAUUUUCCAGUUUAUUUAUGAGACCUACGGUAGAACAGGCUAUUUUAUCCUUCUUGGAGGUCUCUCUUUACAGUAUUGUGUAUGUGCUUCAACUUUCUGGGAAUCAGAAAUAGAAAAAAGAUCAAAAGAACGCAAACCUCUUCAAAAACAAAGUACUCAUGAUUCUUGUAGGCCGUAUAUAUCCAUUAUGAAAAAUAUACCAAUGUCGUGUAUAUGCGCAUGUCUUUUUUUAGCGGAUAUAAGCGUCUUCCUUCUGUAUUUACAUUUUCCAAAAUACUGUUUACAGACAUAUUCAACAAAAACAGAAAUAUCUCUAUUCAUGUCACUGGCAGGUAUAUGGAGUGCUAUAGGCAAAUUAUUGUUUGGCAUGGCGAACAACAGUCACGAUAUCGACGAAACUAUUACGCUUUUCGGAACCUUCGGGAUUUUAGGUAUUGGUACCAUAAUUUUUCCUUUCUUCCGUUAUGAGUUCUAUGCUAAAGUUAUAUAUGCAAGUGUUCUUGGCUGUUAUUCCGGUUGUUGUUGGAUUGUAUUAAACACUAUAGUGAUCUGCAUCAUCGGAAGAGAGAGAUUUGCUCAUGCCAUUGGAUACAUAAUGCUUUAUUGUGGGAUAGGAACACUUUUUGGACCUCCUCUUGCAGGAUUUAUUGUUGACUUUGGUGGAACAUAUGGUGAUUCUUUUACAGCAGCAGGUGUACUUCUACUAUGCGGAGCUUUCAUUGGACUGUUGAGUUCACUGUGUCAGAACAAAGACAAUCAGAACAAAGACAUUUAUUUAGAUUUUGAAAUAGAUAUAGAACUAACUGAAAAAGAGCAAAUGUUAAAUAUAAAAUGAAUAUAUAACUGUGACCUGUAUCCUUUAUUUCGUAUUUAGAAACAAAUGCAAACAUUCAUCCGCGUGGUUAUAUUUCGGACCAUAUGAGUAUGUGGACCAUGCGCGUAUGGUCAUAACCAUAUGAGCAUAUACUCGUUUGGUUAUUAACGGUCCGGGCUAUGUGAAUAUUUAGACCAUAUAGGUAUUUUCCAAAUAAAAUCUAUCUGCUUUCACAGGAACACAGGCUCCUAUGAAUUCAAAAUCGAUACCAGACUCAUCAGUCACACUCGAAUUAAUAAAAAUAAUAAGGCCAAAUGAAGCCGAAGUUGAAAAGCUCUGUGGAUCCAAAAUUCCGGAAGGGAAUGGAUGGAUGUAUAAAUAAACGAAUGAAAGAAUAAAAAAAUCCAACAAUAAUAC